CCGCCAGUCAGUGAACAACCGGGGUGUACGUAGCUAGAUAUGCCUAAGAACCAGUGCACGUAGAAUCCUGCAUAGGUUUACACUGAGUUUAUGGACGAGCACUGAGUACUGACGGGGAGCAUGUUUAAAACCGAUCCUGUGUUUAGUAACGUUAACUGAGUCGCAGAAAUCACAGAAUCAGAAAAUUAGUGGACGAGAAGUAGUUGAGCCAGCCGGGUCCGACAGUCAGCGUGUGGGAAUGGCAGCUCUCCGGCCGAUAAAAGGCAUCCUGAAGAACAAGAACAGCGGGACAAACGUCCAAUCCCUGCCCGAAGAAGUACCGGAAGACAGUCCCGAACAAGAGCCCAUACUCUCGGAAGAUGACCCACAGAAAAAAUCCCAGAAAUGGGAUGAGAUGAACAUCCUGGCCACGUACCAUCCGGCUGACAAAGACUACGGUAUGAUGAAGAUCGAUGAACCCAGCACACCUUACAACAGGAUGGUGGGGGACGAGGAUGAUGAAGGGGCGCUGAGUGACACGGACGGCCACGGCGGACUCGCAGCUGAUGACCUGGCAUCGAAGUUGGUGGCAGCAGAGAGCUCAGAGCCUCGCUUCAUGAAGGAAGAAGAAGUAGAAGAAGAAGACGAGGAGACCAGCGAGGAGGAGGAAGACGAGCUGAGUCCUGAAGAACAAGCCAAAAAGACGCAUUUUCAGAUGAUGAGGAAGAUGCACUACAAUGAGGGCAUGAACAUCAAGCUGGCCCGCCAGCUCAUCGCCAGCGAGCUCGAAGAGGACGCAGACGAAGAGAUGAGGGACGACACCGAGGAAGUAAAGGAGGACACAGAGGAGACGGAGGAGAUCAGCGUUGACCCGCCACAGGAAGCUGAUUCUCUGGAUUCGUAGAGGAGGCUUCUUUCCCCAAAUUACAGCCCUUGUGUGUCGGCUCCAGAUCGGGACAGACAAUGCCACCUGCGCUCUGUGUUUUUUAAUGCCGGGCCGCACAGCAGACACCGCUUCACCACUCGUAUAACAAACCUCAACAGCCAAUAACCUCCCGGUCACCUGUCUCUCUAGACUAUUCUUUAGAAACUGUGCAAUAUAACCUUCAAAACAAACCUGGUUUUUAUCUCCCAGAAUGCAACACACAAGAGAAGACUGUUGCUCCCUCCUCCUCAUCCUCCUCCUCCUCCUCUCCUUUUUGCCAAGAAUGUCCCCCUCCUACCUCCUCUGGACUGGCAUCGCACUGAAGGAUAUGUGAUUCUGACCCUGAAAGGAGGAUCAAGGUCCGUUAGAAAAAAACAAACAGCCGGAUACCAGGCCCCCCGUCUGGCCACUCUACAGUCCUUCUGUACGUGAGCCCUGGAGAAAACCAGGGGAAACCCCACCGAAGGCAUAUCUGAGACGUAACAACAGCGAUUUUACUGGGUGCUCUUCAGGUGGCUUUUACUUCUACUUUUGCUUUGUGACUCACCACUCUGUUGCAUUUUCUUUCCUCCUUCAGUACUUUUUGUGAUUUAAAAAAAAAAAAAAAUUGGGACACUGUGAUGACCAGUUGGGUUGUCACCUUUGUUUUACCUUGUGAUUCAGGUACGCCAUUCAUAUUGGCAUACUGGUGUUAUGAUCAUUUAGGAGCUAUAUAUUAGUCUCUAAUAGCACAAGACAACAUGACCUACAUCAUCUAAACGUAAUUAUAAAGAACCAUCCACAUUUGACAUCAUACAGUACAUACUUAAUAUAUAACAUAUUUAAUACACACGUGUGCUGUGGUGUCUCACUUUGAUGCUUGCAGUCAAUUGUAUGGCUUUUUGCUUAAGAUCAAUUAAAACAACAAAGACCAUCAUUAAUAUAUAUUUGCAAUUUGCUGAUUUUUUUCCCCCAGAACUUUUUAUUUACUUCUCUCUUUGCAAGCAAGCACAGCAAACCUCAAUUACAAUUCUGGCAUUUUAAAAAAACAAACACGUAUACCUCAUAGAACCAGACGAUAGGCCUUUUUUUUCCAAAAUGAAAUCCACUGAUACAUUUGGCAUGUAGGUCGUCUAUCGACGGUAUUGAAGUCCUACAUGUGAGGUACAGCUUGUGCUACUGAUUAACAGCACAGCGCUCCGUCUUUAAGCUCUGAUGUAGGGUUUGACAAAGAAGAAACCAGCUCUUACAUGAUUUGUUUAGUUGACUUCUUACUGCACGGGAGCUUCACCAGACAGAAUUGUGUGUAAUAUUAUUCGAGGAAGGUACAUUCAUCUACUUGGUGUUUCAUUUCUCACCUGGCUUCAUCACAUUUUAAUUUACGACGCAGCUUGGGAAUGUCAAAGAGAAGUUAUUGAUGCUACUGACUUUAGUUAAAGCAGAUGUUGCCAGCGGAGUUCACCACUAAGGCUUAUUGGAGUUUUUUUGUAACAGCUGGAGUUCCUACAGGUGUCGACAAAGUCUUAAAUUGUUGCAUUUGACAAAAGUAUUGAGGGGUAAAAAAAAGACAAUGAUCCUGGUGGCACGCAUGGAGUUGUUGGUGGUCAGUUUCUGAGGGGAUUCUUACUUUUACUAUGAUUGAGCUAUACACUGUAUGACUUCACUAGAACCGAACAAUUUGAGGGAUACGUAUGGAGGAACCCUGAGUGUGUCUUGUGUUCUCUUCAUUUUCUUCUGACCCUUUAAUUACUCACUGUGGUUGAAAGUGUUGAGCUCUUUUUUUUUAAAAAAAAAAAAAAAAAAAAAAAAAAAUGGAAAUACAAAAGUUCAUAUAAAGUCCACAGACCAACAGUGUGUCUUCUGCAAACGUCCCUUUGCAGUUCGUUUUGUUCUCGGUAGUUUAGUAUUUGGUGGUGUUAUGUUUUUUUUUUGCCAUUAUUGAAGUUAAAGCAACUUCCUUUUGGCCAUUUCCACUAAUCAACAAGUUCACAUCCGAGCAGUUAAUCAUCACAUGGUUAUUGUAGAGAUACAGGUGUAUGUCUGGAAAUACAGAUGCUGACGAUACCGUCGUCUUCUAUUCUGUUCACUGAAUUCGUGGGCAGAUGACAGACGGCGGCAGAGAAGCUGAGAUGUUCGGUUUAUGUUCUCACAAAUGAUCUGCCCUGUAGGUGGUUAUUACCUGUCAAAUGUGCCUCUUAUGUAUUUAUGUACAUGUGUGUAAAAUGAACAGGCUAUACUCCGUGUUACCGUUUUACUUUCACCUCGCGUGUCCUCCGACUCGCUUUUUGUUACUGCACCACGUCUGCCCUGUUUGGUUUGUUUUCUAAGAACGACAGACUGUUGAACACUAUGUGUCUGUCUCAGUUAUUUCCAGUUGAAGCAUGUCCUUAAUCAUUGGAUUGUGUGUAUUCUGUUUUGUUUUUGUCUCCUACCAUUAAACAAAUGUUGUUAUGAACUCG